AUGGCAAUUCUGCGCUCCCCCCAUAAGCGCCUACUUCUGCCAGAGAUCUACAAGUGGAUCUCUGAUACCUACUCCUUCUACGAUCCCAAGGAAAGGGGCUGGAAGAACAGUAUCAGACAUAACCUAAGUCUCAACCCGGGUUUCAUAAAACAGGAGCGCCUGAAAGGUGCCCCGGGAAGCUACUGGACUAUCGAGCCGGGCAAGGAGCAGCAGUUCAUGAAGGAGGAAACGCCGCUGCCGCCCCCCAGAAAGUCUACCCCGGCAACCAGCAGCCGGACAUGA